CAAGAUGGCGGAAGGCACGGGGGGGAGAAGAAGGGCUGUGCCCUCUUCUAAGAUGGCGGGCGCGGCGUCAGCGCGGCUCCCCUGGCGCGAAGCCUCUUUGUGACGCGCUGGGCGUAGGGGCGGGGCGGGAGAAAGCGAAAGUGGCGUUGGGAGCGGAACGGGAACGGGAACGGGAACGGGAGAGGGAGAGGGAACGGGAAAGAGAGCGGGGCCCGCCCCGGCGGGCGGCGGCAGGGCAGACAGGCCCCCAUCCGGGCUCUGCGCGGGCGCCCCCUGCCGUACCGGAGGAGCCCCGGGGGUAGCCCCGGGGGGUCCCCCCGUUGCGGGCUGCGGGACGCGGGGACCCCCCCCCCCGGUGCGGGCCAUGUCCCGGCUGGAGGCCGUGGCCAACGUGGCGCUGCGGGUGCCGGGGCUGGCGCUGCUGGACCUGCUCUACCGCUGGGACCCCGCGGCCCUCGGGGAGCUGCUGCGGCCGCGCCGCGGGGACCCCCCCCUCCUGCGCGCCCCCGCGCUCCGCGGCGCGCACUGCAUGGGCCACGUCGUGUCCCUGGUGCUGCUGCUGCUGCCGCUGCGCUCGCUGGUGAAGCUCUACCUGCACCUCCUCAGCGGGCUGCUGCUCAGCGCCGGCCACUCACUGGCCAGGGACUACGUGCACCAGGAGCUGGAGUCCGGCUUCCAGGGCGCUGUGCUCCGUGAGCCCGCGGCGCUCAGGGCCUCCAUCAGCACCCUGGCAGCCCAGCUCUGCCUCUGUGCCCUGUGCUCGCUGCUGCUGCGGUGCCGGCGGCCGUGGCUGCUGCUGGCUCCGGUGCUGCCGGUGCUGGCGCGGCUCUGCGGGCUGCCCCCGCCGGCGCUGCCCCUGCUCCACGCCGCGGCCGCGCUGCUCACCCUCACCGUGGUGCUCUGCCUGCUGGGCCCCCACCUCCUGCCCCCCGUGCGCCUGGCGGCCGCCGCCGCCACGGACCUGAUGGAGGCGCUGGAGCUGUCCCGGCUGCUGGCGCUGGGGGUGUCCCUAUGGAGCCGGCUGGCCGUGCCCCUCCUCUUCCUCGUCUUCUGGCUCGUGCUCUUCUCCCUGCAGCUCUGCGCCUUCCUCGCCUCGUCCGGCACCCCCCUGAGCGCGCAGGGCUUCCUCUUCCUCCUCCUCAGCAGCGCGGCCGAGUGCUGCAGCACUCCCUACGCCCUGCUCGGCCUCACCUUCACCGUCUCCUACCUGGCCCUGGGGCUCCUCAGCCUCUGCAAGUUCUACCUGGUGGGGUUCAGCGCCUUCCACACCGGCAACGGCACGCACCGGGGGGUGACGGAGGGGGUGACGCUGCUGCUGCUGGCGCUGCAGACGGGGCUGCUGGACCUGCCGGCGCUGCAAAGGACCUUCCUGCUCAGCAUCAUCCUCUUCAUCGUGCUCACCUCCACGCUCCAGUCCAUGAUCGAGAUCGCGGACCCCGUCCUGCUGGCGCUGGGGGCCUCCCGCAACAGGAGCCCCUGGAAGCACUUCCGCGGUGUCAGCCUGUGCCUCUUCCUGCUGCUGUUCCCCUGCUUCCUGGCCUACAAGAUCGCCCACUUCUUCCAGCUGGAUUUCUGGCUGCUCGUCCUGGUCUCCAGCUGCAUGCUCACCUCGCUGCAGGUGAUGGGCACGCUCUUCAUCUACGCGCUCUUCCUGGCGGAGCCGGUGCGGGAGGCGGCGCCGGGCCGCGUGGACGAGGCCAUUUACUGCGUGAGGGCGCUGAGCCGGGGGCUGGAGUUCCUGCUGGCGCUGAGCGUGGUGGCCUACGGGGCCUGGGAGUCGGUGCUGGGGCAGUGGAGCUGGCUGGGGGCCGCCGUGCUGCUCACCCACGCCUACCUCAACGUGUGGCUGCGGGCGCGCUGGGGCUGGCGCAGCCUCCGCCUGCGCCGGGGGGCGGCCAGGAAGGUGCGGGCCCUGCCCAGGGCCACGCGCGGGCAGCUGCGGCUGCACGAUGAUGUCUGCGCCAUCUGCUUCCAGGACUUGGCCGUGGCCGUGGUCACCCCCUGCAGCCACCUCUUCCACGCCGCCUGCCUGCGCCAGUGGCUCUGCCUGCAGGACACCUGCCCCAUGUGCCACCAGCAGCUCCAGCGCGGGGACCGCGGGGACCAGGCCCAGGAGGAGGAGGAGGAGGAGGAGGAGGAGGAAGGCAGCGCGAGGGCCCGGCCGCAGCCCCAUGGAGGGGACGGGGAGGAGGGCGCGGAGGAUGCCGGAGCACCCCCGCACCAUCGCCCCCCUCAUCCUCACGCCUCCAGCCCUCACCCCAGUGCCACGCAGCAUCCGCCCCCCCCCGAGCUCCCUGCUCACCCCCGCAGCAGCCAGCACCCCCCGUAG